GGAGGGAAGGAGAGAUGGAGGACUGAAUGGAGGAGGAUUUUACUACUGCAUGGGCCGGUGCAGAGCAGCAGCAGCAGCAAAGAGGAGACGCUCUCUGAACGCACACAGACGCAAAAAAGAGGAGCAGACCAGCAGAUGUGACUUCAUGGACUGAAAGCAUUCCCCUUCUUUCAGAGAUUUACCUUCUGUUCUUCAAGUUGGGCAUCUGUUUUAGGGCUGGCACUUUGCACUACCUCUGGAGCUUGUUGAUCUGAAUCACCUUGCAGCCCUGUUGUGGAAUAGGACGUUCUAAAUGAUGCCACAAUGGUCAGGUAAAAACUUGUGCAAAGUUCCUUUAGAGUAAAAUCAAAUCAAAUUGUCAAAAUAAUUGAAAAACUUCUUCCAUAACUAUCUAAAGCAGACCUCUAUUUUAUUUUGAAAGUUGAAAAUCAAUCAAAAACUUUGAUUUUUACACUUGGAGUGAGUUCAAAGGACCACACAAGAAGUAAGAUAAUUUUUCCAAAGGAAAUCCAAGUUAGACACUUUGGAUUUUUUUUUUGUGCAAGAAGAAAAAGGAGGCAAAAUACUAUUGCUUCUUUUAAAUCAGAUGCAGAUAAUCCGAGAUGUGCCAAAAAAGGACAUGGGAUUAAAUUGAUAAUUUAAAUGUUUUUCCCCUUACAUUUCAAAUAUUUCCAGUCAUACGUUUAUUAGAUAGGCGACAGGGUACUAAACCAACAGUUAUUAAGUGUAAAAAGGCAAAUUUUAUUGUGUGAGGGGCUUUUAUUUUAUCAAAUUAUUUUGACCAUAUUCAUUGCACUGAAUUAUAUCUGAUAGUUGUUUUAAAAAAAAUCACAAUUUUUAGUUUUUUGUCAAGUAAAUGUGCACACACUCGUAGUUUUGAUGUGAACACUUGCUGCUGAUCUUUGAGUUUUAAAUGUUUUAAUCUGAGAACGAUGUUGUUCAUCAGACUACUGGCAGUAUUCCUCAUCCUCAUCACAAACACGUGGCUGCUAUUCCCGGUUCGCUCCAAUGCCCUCUACCGAUACAAGCGCUCUUUGGCCCGGCGGGCGGACUCUGAGCUCUCCCGGAUAGCAGGUGAACCCUGCACCGUCUCCGGCGUCUCGCUGUCCCGACGCCAGCCAAGCUUGUCGGCUCAACACCGCCCUUCAGCGGCCAGCCCGAGAACUGCAACGAGUCGGAGAGCGCCGUACACUGUCGCGAGCGAUCCGGCGGGUUGCGCCGGUGGUUGUCGGUUUGACGCGCCGGAGGAGAAGGGGAACCGGGGCAACGCCGGAAACGGGGUGGUCAAGGAGGGGGGCGAAUAUCUUUUCCCCGAGAAAGGCUCCAGAAACCACGCGAGACCCUCAAACCACAUUUUUGAAAAGUACGCCGGGAGGCGCGAGCCCGAAGCAGCAGGACACGGGGCUCCUGGGGGACACGCGCGCUCCAGGUUUGCCCGCAGCCUCGCGGGGAGGCUCCGCUCCGACGAACAGGGCAACUCCAGCUCGAGGAAAGUUUUCCUCGAGCGCUCAGCGGACGCCGGUGGGGUCCUCCGCGGAGCCCAGCGGGGAGAUGAAGACAAGCAGUCUUCGAAUGACACCCAGCAGGAGGAGGAGGCGGCGGAGGACUACUCCGGGGAGGUGGAGCAGGCGGAAGGAGACAGCUGGGAAAACCCCGUGCCCAGGGUCCCCCCAUCAUGGAUGACAGCUCUGUACUUCAACAGGCGGCAAGAGCAUCUCCAGGUGAAGCUGCGCCCGGGAGCAGACCUCCCAAAAGCCCAGUUCAGCCUGGAGCUGUGGGUGAAGCCGGAGGGCGGCCAGAGUAACCCAGCAGUCAUAGCAGGUGUAUUUGACAACUGUUCCCAUUCACUCAAUGAGAAGGGCUGGUCAGUUGGCAUUCGGACCGUGGAACCCGACGGCAACAAAGACGCCCGCUUUUACUUUACCCUUCGAACAGACAGGGCUGUGAAGUCAACCACUGUCUAUAGCCACCAGCGGUACAGGACAAAUGACUGGACUCACUUAAUGGCUACUUACAAUGGACACAACAUUACCCUGUAUGUAGAUGGAGCCAAGGUUGGAGAAAGUAGUCUUCAGUCAGGCGAUCUCUACAGUGACUUCAUGAAAACCUGCAGAACCCUGUUUCUUGGUAGCAAACCUUCAGAUCAAGGACACAGCUUCAGGGGCUACAUUGGAGGUGUGAUCUUGUGGGGUUACGCCCGCUCCCAUGAGGACCUCCUGAAAGGACCACUUCAGAUUGACCUGAAUGAGCCAGUGCUGGCCAUGUGGGCGGAUCUUACAAAUGUAAAACGGCUUUGGACUCCAUACAAAAUGGGCCUUCAUCCAAGUGUGGUCACCACUCCUGUCCCUGAACAAGAGCUUGUGUCUUCUUUCCUGCCUCCACCUUGUGGUAUGACUCAGUGCGACAACACGGACAUCAUCUUCGGCUACAAUAACCACUGGCAGCUCCGUGCCCCCAAGAGAGUUCGCUACCGAAUUGUCAACCUGGCUAACGACGAUGGUGGAAACCCAACAGUGAACCCCUUGCAGAUUCUGGUCCAGCAUCAAGCUCUGAAUGACGCUUUCCGACCUUACAACAUUUCCUUGGAUCUGACCGUGCACACAGUGAAAAACACCAGCCUCCGACAGCGGUUUAUCCUCAGCAACUGUCGAAUUGGAAAGAUCGGGAACCGCCAAUGCGAUCCUGAGUGCGACCAUCCGAGGACAGGCCACGAUGGAGGAGACUGCCAUAGGGUGGGGCCCUGCUACAACUGGAGGAGGCAGGAUGGAGUUUGUGACAUGGAGUGCAACAGCAUUUAUUACGACUAUGAUGAUGGCGACUGCUGCGAUCCAGAGAUCACAGAUGUCCUUAAGACCUGCUUUGAUCCUGAAUCUCCUGACAGAGCUUACAUGAGUGUGAAAGAGCUGAAAGAGGAAUUGAACCUGAGUGGGACGGACAUGCUCAAUGUUUUCUUUGCCAGCAACUCGGUGCGAGAAGAGCUGGCAGGAGCUGCAACAUGGCCUUGGGCAAAGGAGGCUUUAACUCAUCAAGGUGGGAUGGUCCUAAAUCCAUCCUAUUUUGGCACAAUGGGCCACCACAACACAAUGAUCCAUGAGAUGGGACACAUUUUUGGCUUGUACCAUGUUUUCAAAGGCGUGAGUGAGCGUGACUCUUGUGAUGAUCCGUGUCAGGAGACUACACCUUCUAUGGAGACUGGAGAUCUGUGUGCUGACACUGCUCCAACAACUAAAUCUAAAGCCUGCCAUGACCCUGGAGCUGUCAAUGACACAUGCGGAUUCAACACCUACAAAGACACCCCAUACAGCAAUUACAUGAGCUACACAGAUGACAACUGCACCAACCACUUCACCCCGAAUCAAGUCGCCAGGAUGCAUUGUUACCUGGACUUGGUAUACCAGAAGUGGCUGACAGACCGUCAGCCUUCCCCCAUCCCUGUCGCCCCCAUCGUGACAGACCAAAAUGCCAAUUCUGUCUCCAUAUACUGGCUUCCACCUGUAAGAGGGCCACUGUAUCAAAGCUCUUCGUUCCAUGGGUCUGGCAUCAGUUGUGGAGACUGUGAAAAAGAUGGUGUCUUCCACCAGUAUGCCUAUGAGGCGUCCUCACCUCGCAUCUGUGAUACGUCAGGCUACUGGACCCCCGAGGAGGCAACUGGUCCACCUGAUGUGGAGCAGCCCUGUGAGCCCAGUCUGCAGGCAUGGAGUCCUGAGCUUAGUCUUUAUGAUACUAACUUGACGUCGCCGUGCCCUGACACAGAGGGCUGCACGCUCACUCUGAGAUUCCUGCAUCACGUCGUUCCACAUGCACUCACGCUCUGGGUCACCUACAUCUCAUCUAAAAACCCAGCCAUAGCCAACGUUGAGUUGAUUACAGAGACUGGGGAAAGUAUCAAGCUUGGACCGCAACAUGUCUUCUGCGACGUGCCCCUUACCAUGCGCCUUAACACCCAUAAUGCUGCCAUAGAGGCCAUUAAACUCAGCACCUUCGAUGAGAAAAUGGAGAUUGAUGCAGUCAUGCUGUCUUCGGAUCCCAGGAGCCCUCUUUGCUCUGGUUGCCAACCUCUGUUGUAUCAGGUUCAGCGCCAGCCGCCUUUCACCAGUAAAUUCCACUCACCUCAAACCAAGCAAACGUUCACAGACAGCUCAGUUAUAGUGGGAGUCAAGUAUAGGUAUACAGUCCAGGUUGAAGCAGAUGGUCUCCUCAGUGAACCCUCACCUCCUCUCAUGUACACUCACAGGCAGCCCUACUGUGGAGACGGACGGGUUCAGGGGAUGGAGGAAUGUGACGACAGCAACCUCUUAGAUGGUGAUGGGUGCUCUAAGAAAUGCCGACAGGAGCCAGGGUUUAACUGUAACGGUGAGCCCAGCCAGUGUUAUGUUUUUGACGGCGAUGGUGUUUGUGAGGAGUUUGAGCAGGGCUCCAGCAUUCAGGACUGUGGCUUCUUCACACCAUUGGGCUACUUAGACCAGUGGGCCACUGCUGCUAGCGCUUCUCACCAGGAUCCCCACCACUGUCCUGCCAGUGCCGUCACAGGAGAGCCACCUCAUACCAAGCUCUGCAGAUAUCAACACCUGGAAGUGAGUGAGAGAUUACCCCCGGAUACCUGGUUCCCAUGCACGGCUCAGUCUGACACAAAUAAUGGCCUGGAACAUUCAUUUUGGCUGAAGGUGGGGUUUGCUCAUCCUGGAGUAGCAGCCUCAGUGAUGGUGCACCUGGCUUCAGAGGGUUUAUUGCCAGGGGAGCAGUGUCGGCCCACAGUCACCGUCCUCCUGUCUGAUGUUAAUGGCAAGAAUCACUCCCUAGGAACUCAUGAUGUCUCGUGCCUUCAAAACCCUCUCGUGGUGAACGUGACCCAUGACCUCACUCAACCCUUCUUCCUCACGUCUUUUGUCAUCCUCCUCUUUUCUUCCCCCUCGGUGGCAGUGAGAGGGGUGGCUCUGAGGACCUCCUGCCACUUCAGCACCUUCGCCCUGACCGGCUGUUUGCGGCAGCCAUGUCAGCUGGAUAGCUGCAGUCCUCCACAGAUAAAGCACGCCUCUGUCAGGUGUACCGGAGGAGGGGAGACUUCUCACUGCUCUGUUCAGUGUCACCAUGGUUACAGCAUCUCUGUGCUCAAUAGAAAGGCCAACUCAUCCCACCAGAGAAUGACAGAGCUCGAGUGUUUUCAUGGAUCGUGGGAUCGUGUGGUGACCUGUCAACCUGUAGACUGUGGCUUCCCUGAUCAGUCUCAUGUCUACCACGCUAUAUUCAGCUGUCCCUGGGGAACAACUUUUGGCAAACAAUGUUCCUUCACCUGUGGGCCGCCUGCCAUUCUUCAAGGUGACAAUGACAGGUUGGUGUGUAUGGAAGACGGGUUGUGGUCUUUCCCAGAGGCCUACUGCAAGAUAGAGUGUCCAGAGGCUCCGAACGUACCUAACGCCAAACUACUUGGUACAAACUGUCUGGCUUCAGGGCACAAUGUUGGCUCCCUUUGCCACUAUAGAUGCAAACCAGGGUUCUAUGUACUAGGAAGCCUGAAAGAGGAUACACCAAGGAAGUUUUUCCAACUGGAAUGCUUGGAGGGAGGCCAGUGGGAGGAAAACGGCUGUGAGCCGAUAUCCUGCCCGGCCUUGCCUGACGUAUUCCAGGGCAUGUACAGUUGCACCAAUGAGCUUUACUUUGACACCCUCUGCACCCUGCAGUGCCCGGACGUCACAGAAAAUACUGAAAUUCGCUGCAGUAAGGAUGGUGAAUGGACGGCAGAGUUUACCAUGUGUUCCGCGCUUCGGGGUUCUUGUUCUGCACCGUCAGAUCUCAAUUCUGUGGAGUACAGCUGUGACCAGGGAAUGGAUAUCGGUGCUAUGUGCUACCCAACAUGCAUUUUCGCUCAGGAUGUGGAUUUGUAUGACGCGGUAGUCCUGCCUAAUGGCACCACAGCUGACACUUUAAAAUAUUGGACUCUGCCGACCACAGUCCAGAGCAUAGUUUGCACCGGGAAGCUGAAGUGGUAUCCCAACCCUCAGAACAUCCACUGCAUCCAGUCUUGUGAGGAGGCUGACACAGGAGGAUUAUCCACAGAGAUAUCAGUCUCACCCGGAUCUUGUCAGCUGUCAGUGAAGUGUUUUAGUGGUGAAUGAUACCGUUUUGGCCAGAAACUAGUAAAUCCCUCACAGGUGUUGAGAGGCCAUGAAAUUUGAAGUUGAAGUUUUCCAUGACCCAGAUGGUUUUUUUUCUCUAUAAAUUUGGAAAAGACCAUUUAUUUCCUUUAAUAUUUGACCUAAUUGCUACAUUUAGAGUGGCCUCCAACUCAUGAAUGUCUUUUGGUUGUAUGCAAUUAUAAUUGUGUUCUUUCACACAACAAAGUGCAUUAAGUUAGCUUUUAUAAUGCAAAAUGACCAUAUCUGGUAAAAAUCCAUUUAGGAUUUAUUUUUGGAGAGCACUAGGCAAAAAAUAAAUCUUGUGGCAUCUUUAUUUUUAUCUUUUCUUAAAAAAUACCUGUCCGUCUGCAUUUUUUUCAUAAACACAAAUCUCCGGCAGAAACGCAUAUUCCGUCAAAGGAGCUUCUGUUUCUUUCUUUUUUCUUGCUUUCCAGAAACGGUGCUGGAAAUGUCAACCGAUUCUAACGAAGUAUCCAACAGACAUUUGUGGUUACUUAUUUUAUUUGACAGAAAAGACAAACAAAUGAAAGCUCACAAGGUAAUGAAAGGUCUUACCCUGCUGUACGGUCAUUUCAAAUGAUCAUUAUCUGUAAACGUCUUAGUGUGUUUCUCUCAAAACUAGAGUGAUAAUUUAGGUUCAUAAAAUGUCAGCAUAAAACAUAAACAAAAAAAACAUGUUUUUGCUAUGAAAAAUCAUUUAGUAAGUAGGCUUUAUGCCCUAAAUUUAGAGUAAGUUGUAUGGGUCAUCCUUACAUCUCUUUACAUAAACACAGCUUUAGACAUUUUACUAGAGGCUUGUACUUGUUUGCUUGUUACUGGAGUGUUCACUUGUAUCCAAAAAGUGUGUAUUCAUUUUUGGUGAAUGAACACAUUGAAGCUGUGGUUAGUAUUGUUUAUUUGUUUUAAUGUACCCCAUCGUAGUUCAUUUUGAGUAUGGUGACAACAUACUAGUGCAAUAAGUUGAAAUGAAUUUUAGAAAAAAAAUUGGAAUACGAUCCUAGUUCUAAUUGGCCCAUCUUAAUGAAUCCUCACAAAAGAACUAGCACUUAUUCUUAGAACAUAAAUCUAAAUUUUGGUUUCCAAAAUAAGGACAAUACAUUUAUUGAUAAUAAACUAGUCAGUAUUUAUUGGACUUUAAAAUAACAUGCUUAAAAUCAAACCAAAAAUUACAGUGCAAUUUGAGUUUAAUUUGAGUCUUAAAUUAGGAUGUUCUUUCAUCAAGAGUUUGGAGCAAAAGGAUCUUGACUCAUAUUAAGAAUAAUUUCCUUAGCUUGGAAAAAUGAGGAGCAAAGAAAAUUUAAAAAAUAAUUUAAAACCUGCUGAAAUUUCUUGAACGCCAAAAAACAAGGUUUUAAAUGUUUGAAGUAUCUUUUUGUAUAGCUUUGACGUUUGCAGUGUUUCCCUUCUUGACUAAAAGCAACAAAAAUCACAACUUGUCUGUUAUUGGCCGUGCCAGAGAAGUGUUGACUGAUCCUGAGGAUUGUCCCUAAAGUCACCCGCUUUUAGGAUGACCAUUGACGUGUUCUCCCUACCAUGACAAAGGGGGAUAAAGGUGGAAAGAUUUCACGUAAUCCAUGGACACCAGUGAAGAUCACAAAUCAUUGAAGAAAAAAGGUUCAGCGCCCUGUCUAGUGGGUCUAGAUGACCCAACUCCCAAUGUUAAAGUGCCUAGGAUAGCACAAGGGUUAAGGCAGACCCAUGGAGGGCUUUGUUUUUUGGAGAAAGCGCUUGAUAGAUGUGGAACAGCAUGACAUACAGAUCUCAGUUUAUGCUUUUUGGGACUAAAAACGACACCUUUCAUCAAAUCUUACAUUCAUAGUUCACAGUUGAGCACUCAGUUUCAUAUUUUGAUAUGUUUAUAUAAUAUAUGUAAUCAAUGGGAGUUCUAAGUUUUGAGAUAAAAAGGCUCCAAUAUGAGAGAAACACAUCUAUUAUUUCUCUAAAUAAGUCUACAAAUUCUAUUCAGAAGCUAUACAAGUGCGACUUUGCUCGUAAUAUUAAAGACAGUAACAUAAUCUGACAUUAAACUUUUAAUGGAGCCCUGCGAUAGACCAUCAGUCUUUUUAGGAGGAAGCCUUCUUCCUGGCCAGCGACACCUGCGAUGAGCCUUGGAGAUCCUGAAACAGAUGUUGCGGGUAUCAAAAAAUCUGUAUGCACAUUUUAACGCCAACAGUAAAUCAUCUCAAACCGCAAACGCCGUUAGAUUUGAUAUGACAUUCACCCUCCGGGUUCAGAGAAAAAGGCUGGAACUGCCGAUGGAACACAUAAACUGUUGAUGGCUCACAGUAUUCAAAUAUUCGCUCCGACCUGCCAGCACUACAUUUUCCCCCUCCACUUUGCCGUGGCUGCUGCUAGGCAAAACAGUUGCUUGUGACCCACUCCUCCACUACAACUCUGUAAAUUAUACUAGACCACAUGUGUUGCUUGUGAUCUGUGCCAGAUUUCCUCCAGAUGUCAUUGCUUCCCUCUCCGUAUCGAACCAUGCAUCCCUUUCCGGGUUGACAGUGUGAGUUGGCUAAAACAUCUACCUUGGACUCCUGUCCAGCAAAGAAUACUUUUUAAAUGUUUUUAUCUCACCUUUAGUGCUAGAAAGUAAAUGCUUCCUACUAGAAGCUUCUUCAUAGAAGUGUCAAGCUUAAUUACUAGAUAUAAGACUGGACCACUAGCCAAUUAAAUGCAUUAAAUUAUGCAUCGUUUGAUUUGAGGUAUUUUG